CUUGUUCUCGUUUAUGUCGCUCUCCGAUAUCAAUCCUCUCUUGGGAACUUUUUAUUUAGUUAUUGUUUAAGUAAACGUUUUUUUUUUUGUAUUGUAAUAUAUUAAAGUCUUGUUUCUCGUUAAAAACGAACAAAUUACGAAUUAUUAUUAUUUUUUUAUUAUUAUUUUUUUUUAUGUUAUAAAUUCGGUUUGUUUUGUUGUAUUGUUAUUUCAGUAUCGUUGACAUACGCGUUUAAAUUUUCUUCCGCAGCAGCAUUUGCUUCCGCAGCAUUUGCAUAAGUUAUCACUAUUCAGUUCGAUAAUAAUAUUAAUAACCGUCUUGUUAGGAUUUUGUUGUUUCUGUGUGAAUCAUCCAGUUACCAUCCGUUCGGGUUUAUUUUUUUUUUUGUUAAUUAUUAUUGUUCUCGUCUGAACCACAAAAAAAAAAACAACGCGAACGCGUUAUUCAUUCCAUUCAUACAUGUUGGAACCCGUUUAAAAACGGCAUUAGAAUAUUUAAUCGUUUUAUUAUUGUGAAGAUUUCACCAACAUGUCUGAAUCGGUAAACAAUAACGAACAGUCUGAUUCAACGUUGUUAAAUUUUAUCAAUUCUAAAAAAGGUAAGCGUAGAAAGAGUAUUUUGUUGUAAAUAUUGUAUUAUUAACUUAACAACCUACCCCGAACCUACUUUAAUUAAUUUAAUAAAAGUAUGCUAUUCAUAUUCAUAGAAAAUUAGAGCCCUUAAAAUAAUGAAUGCCUGUUUGUAAAUUAAUUUAAAUUUAUUAUUGAUGUUUUGGUAUUAGUUCUCCCUAUUAAAUGUUUUGUGUAAUAUUUUUCAUUAAUAUAUUAGUUUUAUGAAUUGUGGAAUAAAUGUACUUUCUGCAUGUUUUUUUUUUUUAAAUUACCUUUAUAAUUCUUUUAUUAUGUAUAUUUAUAUAUUUUAUAAUAUUAAAUUUUGCUGAAUCUACAUAAUAGCUUCUUGUAAGUUGAAUGUAAAUUAAUAUAUUUUCAACAUUCAAUUUUCAACUUUUAGGAAUUUUGACUACCUUGAUUUACUCAUUGACCAUAAUUUGCUAAUUUAUCGUAUAUCUAAUACAAGUAAUAAUUAAAUGAUAUCUUAUAUUUUAGCUGCUUUUAAUUCAUUAUUGUUCUCAUUAAAUGGAAUAAUGAAAUACUCAUUUUACCUAUUUAAUUAAAAAUAUUAAUCAGUACAUUUGAAUACCUGCAUAAUAUUGGAGAUUAAUUGUAGGUAUAUAUAUAUUUAUAAAAAAAUAAUAAUUAAUCUAGUGUAAAAUUAUAUCAGGAUUUCAAGGAAAAUUAUAUUUUUAUUAAUUUUUAGUAGGUAUAUUCAUUUUGAUCAGAAUUUAUAUAUCCGUUAAGGAAUUGAAUUAAUUGAAAAUGUACCUAUAGGUACUGAAAUCUACUGUGAAAUUGAUGUACCUAUUCAAAAAUGUUGACAUAAACAGAUUUUAAAUAAUAAACUAACCUUAUGAAGAAUAAUUUUAAUAUUUAAUAAUAGGCUAACCUAGUUUUAAAUAUUUCAAUGAAUCAAUGUGUUCAACAAUUUUAAAUGACAUUUUAUGAAUUUAUUUACAUGGAGGUUCCUAAUAUAUUGUUUAUUGAUAAAACUUUUACUUAAACACAGUUGAAUAAUACAGAUAAAUUUAAGAAUGUUUUUAAAUUAAUUUUAUUAUUUUCCUUUCAUUAUAUUCUGUAAAAUUGACACUGAAGUGGGUGUAAGUCACCCAUUAAAUGGGUGUUACCCAUUUAAAUAGUUAAACAAGGGCCAAUUAUUCAUAUUACUUAUAGAUUCCUAUAUUGUAUUCUAUUGAUCAAUAUUUAUUUAUUAUUAGAUAUUUAAUUAUAAUAUUGCUAUAAUUUCUACAAAAAUUUAUUUGAUAAAUUAAUUUAUUUGAUAAAAAUGUUUAAUUUUGAUUAUUUAAACAUGUGUAAUAUUAAUAGAAAUCUAGCUGAUUUUAACAACCAUUUUUGUUAUCUAUUUCAAAAUAUGUAUUAUUGUUUUGUAAUGUUCUAUAGUAUCAAAAUAAUCAUUUUCUAUUUAUUAUUUAAAUAACAUAGAUUUGUGAUCUAUAUAUAAUACCUAAGUAUCUACGUAUUAUAAUACAAUUUAAACUGACUAAUACUUUUUUUAUUUUAACUCCUAAAUUGUAAGAUAAAAAAAUGUUAGAAUGAUGAAAGGGGGUUGUAUAGUAGGGACUUCAUUUAUAUAUUUUAAUUAAAUUAAAUUAAUAUUAUUUUGUGUUCAUGAAACUAAAAAAAACUCUUAACUUAACGAGAAUAUCACACCAUAAGUAAUUUAACUGUAAAAACUGUUUUGUGGGGCCUAUUAUUUAUAGUAUAAUUAUCAAAAGUUCAAAAACGUUAAGAAAAACUUUAUCUGUAUCUACUGAUCACUCCUCUGUUUUGUCCUAUAAAUAGGACCUGAAAAAAGUGAUACUGUACAAAAUGGGUUUUCCGUAGUUAUUUUAGUUUAUUUCAUGAUUAUGCAGUAAAUAGUUAUACUUCUGGCAAAGACACUGUUGGUAGAUUUAUUUAAAAGUGAAUUAUAAUAUUUUUGAGUUAAUAUACUAUUAUUUUUUAAAUACUUCUAGUAAAUUAUAGUAAAUAUCAAUCAAAUUUUAGAUUUUGAGUAGAGAAAGGCAGAUUAGUUUUUAAUUUUUUAUUAAUAAUUAUAAUGUUUUAUUGUAGGUGCUAUAAUAAUAUUUCAUUCUUCAUGAACAUGCACAAUAUAUAAUUUAAUCAAAGUGUACUAAAUUAAUACAAAUAAUAUUAGAAACUUAUAGUUUCAACGGUUGGCAUAUUGUUAAAUUCUAUUAUUACUAAAUUUACAUAAUAAUUUGUAUAUAUUUUUACUAUAAAUGCUUUAUUAUAAUAUUGUUAUGAUUAGUUGGACAAAAACUAGAAGUUAAAUAUAAUUAAAAUAAUUCUACAUUUUGUUUUAUAUUCAUACUAAACUUGGUAAUUAUUACGUAUAAUAAUAUAAUUACAGAUAUUAAAUACAAUGUAAAAUAGUUAUUAUUCAAUACAAGUUCAUUGAUCGAAUUAUAGUAAUAUAAAUUACAUUUUAAAUUAUAAUUUAUUUUUAGCAAAUAUAUAGUUGGGUGCAAUAGUAAAGUUAGUACACAGGUAUAUAUAACAGUAAAUAAAGGUUGGUUUUUUUGAAUAUAUAUUUUCAAGAUUUUAUUUUAUUUUACUUAAAUAAGUGGAUCCAAAGCAGUGAAUUUCCAUUUUAGUCCAUAAUAAUAUUAUACAAUAUGAGCAUAUGACUGGCUAUUUUAUAGAAUUCAUUUGAUUUGUAAUAAGAUAACAAUGUCAUAAUAUUUAUAAUGCUAAUAUAACAUGGGGGAAAUCAACCACUUGCUAUUUAUUAAUAGAAAAUCAUUUUAAGAAAUUUCAACUUGCUUUUAUCAACGAGAAUAAUUCAUUAUUCAGUCAACUUUUAGUCUUGUUUUUCUAUGGUUGUACCAUAUUUUUUUUUUUUAUGCUUAUUGUUCAUAUUUAAUGUUUUAAUUUUACAAUAUAUAUGUAUACAUUAUUUUAAUUUGUGAUUGUGUAGUAUUAAGUCAUUUAAAAAAAAACUUAAAUCAUGAAUAGCAGAGUUAAUAAAAAUCGCAAGCGGUACUCUAGUAUUCAAGGUCCUAUAUUAAAAAAAGUUUUAAAAACCUCGUCUCAUUUUAAAGAAAAUAUUCCUGAAGAACAAUUAAAUAAUUAUAGUGUAAAUAUGAAAGGUCUUAAAAAAUGUUUAGGUGUGUAUUUAUUCAUAUUUUAUUUAUAAUAGAAGGAUACUUGGAUUGAAAUUGAAAAUUUUUAAUAUUUUAAAAAUAAUUAAUUUUAUUAUUAUUAAAUUGUAAAAUAUUCAAAUGUAAUUUAUAGGCAUAUCAACAAGUGAAAUGGAAAAUGGAGCAUCUAUUGAAGAAAAAGUUAAAGUAGUGAGAUUUAAACAGUCGAUACAAAGAUAUCCCAAAGAAGAAUUGUUGGAGUUACAAAAUUUAGGGAUUUCCAAAGUGCGUCCAAAAUUUUUAGACAAUUUCCCCGACCUGGAUUUAGAACUUGCUGGUAAAACUCGAAAGUAAGUUUUCAGUAGUUAGAUAAUUAACUUUAUACUUAUAUAUAAAAUUGUACCUAUGUAUAAAAGUGUAAACAUUUUAUUUUGUUUUAUAAAACAUUAAAAAUUACAUUAAUUAAUUUUAGUGUAAUUUUAAAUUCAUAUGAAAUAAUAAACUUUUUUAUAGAGGAAGUAGACCUGUAGCUGGCGGUAAAUCAGCUGUUAAUACCAAGACAGUGGCAUUUGAUUUACCACCAUGGCCCAACCAACCAACAGAAAAUGGCGAAAUCAAAAUUGAAGUAAGUUUUUGUAGUACCUAUUUAAUAAAGUAUAUUGUUUAAAGCAGUUUUAUUAUAACAUAAUAGUCUAUUUUUAAAAUUGAGUCUAUCUUUAUUUUAUUAAUUCAAUAUUUUUUUUUUGCGUUUCCUUUCCUUUAUAUCAUGCAUUGAACAAUAAAAGAAAACUUAACACAAACAACUAUUAGUUUGAUAUACUAUAUAUUUAUAUUAAAUACAUUCUACACUUGUAUUCCAUAUUAAUACACUAAGUAUUAUAUACAAUUAUAUUUUCAGUACAAAAAUAAAGAUUUAUAAUUAAUCAAAUUGGUUUUAUAUUUGUUAUUAUUAUAUGUAUACAAAUAGGCUGAAAUUUUAAGUAAAUAGUUAAGUUGUUUUAAGCGCUGGCUAUCAAUUUAAAUUUAUAAUAUAAUUUCAACUUAUGUAUCUAAAUUUAAAUCAACGUAAAUUAUUUUGUCACUAGAUUUACCUUAUUAUUAUUUUUUUUUUCUAGUAUUAAAUCUUUUAUUGUUUAUUUUCUAGUAUUUAUUUAAGUGUUGUUCUUUUAAUAAUUUUUCUAAUGCAUCUAAUUUAUUAUUUAUAACUAUUAUGAAUUAUAAUUUGUUGUUACUCUAAACUCUGUAUGACUGAAAUAGUUCCAAAUAUUAAAUUAUAACUGAAUACAUUUUAAAUUAUUAUUCAAUAUUUGGUUUAAUUUGGCAAUAUUUUAACCUAAUAUUAUAAUCUUAAGUAUAUAAAGUGUUUUACUAUGAAUAAUACCUUACUAAUUGAUGUAUUGAUAACAUGGAAACAAUAAGUUACUGAUGUUAAACAAUACUUGUACAAUUGUUUAAUUAUGUGUUAAUGUAAAUUAGAAAAAACCACAGGAUGCAAAAGAUCGCUUGAAAAAAGAUCAAGAUAUAGUUUUGAGUCCUCAAAGACGUAGUUUCAAUUCUGGUUGUUUUGUAACUAUGAAUGCUUCUAGUGGCCCUAAACGUUCAAAUAGUCCUUUAAAUACAUCAGCGGCUAAACCGUAUGUUGAAAGGUGAGAUGCAUUUUAAUGUUUGUAAUGUCUUAUUACAAAAUAUAUGUUUAGGGAUCCUGUUAGAGAACCUCGACGAGUUGGCAGUGGUCGGUUAAUGAGUCGAGAUUCUUGGGAGACUGGUUAUCGUCAAUCAGAAAAUGGAAUUGCAAAUAAUUAUAAUUUUGGUAAAGGAGGCUUUCGAGAAUCUUCGUCUCAUAACUCAAUGUUUGUAUUUUUAAUUUGUAUUUUAUUUUAUUAUUUUUUGCUUUUAUUUAUUUUUAAAAUUUUUAGAGAACCUCGUAGAAAAGAUUUUGAGUUUGACAGAGGAGAAUCAGAUCGCCAUAGAAAUUAUGAUCGUUUUAAGGGCUCUGGAAAUUUUGAUAGACGUCGAAAUGAUUCUUAUCGAACACAAGAGGAACCAGAGUGGAUGACUGGUAAGUUUUUUGUUCAUAUUUUAACAUUCUAUUAUAUUGUCAACUAAACAAAUAGUAUAUUAGCAUAUAAUUAUCCCUGUGGGAAUCAGAUACUUCCUUGGUACCACUACCUGUUAUAAGAAAAGAUAAAUAAGGUUGCUUCAGGUUGAUUGCCAAUGUAAAAAUCAUUGUAAGUAGUUUGAAUAGUGAAUUCUAUAAAAAUGUGGUGAGCUCGACUAUGUUUUAUAGUUUGGAAAUUUAAAUAGAUAGAAAAAUAGAAUAGAGAAUGAGUGUAUCAGAGAUGGGAAUAAUGUUUAGGUGAAUGAAUGAGGGCACGAGAGAAAAUAUGAUAAGUAAAGCGUAAAUAAGAGGUUGCAUAUGCAUAGUUUUAAUAAUACAAAAUCAAGAGAAAAUAUACUGGUAUGGUUAUUUGAGUAUGUUAUGAGAAAAAAGGAAGUAGAAGGCCAAAAAAGUAGUGGUUAGAUGUGAUAUGAGUACGCUCAAAGAUAGACAUUAUGUAAGAGAUGGGAGAUUGGUCAAGUGAAAAUUUGGGAUGAGAGUGGCUAACCCUAAAUUACUGAAAUGAAAGUAAAAGAGAAGAAGAUAGAGUAUAUAAUAUAAUGUAUAAUUUUGUUUUAAUGUUCAGUAUGACACAAAUCUAACUUCUUUUGUUAUCAAUCAUUAAUAAAUAGAUGGUCCAACUUCACAACAUGAUACUAUUGAGUUACGAGGUUUUGAAGAACCCCCCACUGACAAAACAAAGAAGAAAAAAACUAAACCUGGUAAAUUAAUCAUUUUAGUUUUAGUGAUAAAAAUAUUAAUAAAAUAUUUUAAAUCUAUUUAAUAAAAACAUAAUUAAUAUUUAGCUGCUCGUACAAAAAAAAACCCAUCUGACUCUACAUCUACAGAAUCAGCAGCUGCUGUUAAGGGAACAAAUGAAAAUAAAUCCAAGAAAACUAAAAAAGACAAGGAUGAGGAUAAGGAUAAAAAGAAAAAGCCAACAGCUGACAAACCCAAUGUAAGUUUUUUUUUUUUAAAUUUCUGGGCAAAGCAAGGGAUGUAUUAGUUUUAUUAUGUAUUUUAUUUUUGUUUGUAUACAAUUUUUCUACUAAAGAUCUUAUUCCAAUAAAAAACUUGUAGACAUUUUUAGUAUUUUUAGUCAAGUUAGCACUUUGGGGAGGUUAAUUGUUCUUGAUAGUUUUCUUAGAAAUAAUUUUCAAUAAAUUUGAAAAACUGACAUUUUUAUUGAUUUUUGGGUUUUUUUUUUUGGCAACAAGGGAGAUAAAAACUAUUAAAUAAUAUUCUGUACUCCGAAUCCUUUUUGUUAGCAAUGAUUUAUAGUUUUGUACAGAUAUAAAUUUAAUUACUCUAGAUGUCUGUUCUUUUAACUUUUCUCCUAAACAAGGGCACAUCCAUCAGCAGCAUUAAAUUAUAAAUUAUUAACAUUUCAAUUAUAUUUAUUCAAAUUAUAAAUAGAAUGAUUCAGAAGACCAAACUAAGAAAAAUUCUGAAUCAAUAAGUGGAAAUGAAUUCAUUCAGGCAUAUGAUGCUGAGCAUAAAACAAAUGACACCGUGUUCAAUGAUUUCAAUAUUGACGACUUCUUAAAACCAGAUUAUUUGCCUGAUAUAAUAGAAGGAGAUACUGAUGCAGCUGGUUCACGUUUUCGUCAAUGGUUUACUACACAUGAUAGUAGUCGUGCGUCUUCAUCAGCUUCUACUGAAUUAUUGAAUUCUGGAAUAAACAGUAUGAUCAUUUUGUACAAUUAAAGUUAAUUGAAUGAAUUAAAAUUAAUAUUUAUGUUUGUAGAAGGAGUAACAGAUACUAUAGAAGAAGAUCCUAGACAGUUAUCAUCAAUACUUAUGGGAAUAGUUAAAAACAAUAGCCUAAAUGAAUCAAAAAGUAUAACAAAUGCAUAUGACUCUAUCACUAUGAGUGAAAAUAAUAAACUUCCCCCGGCUAUUAUGGAUGUUAUCAAAGCAAGUGCACCUCAGUUGCCCGAUCCUAAAGCUGCCAUACGUGAUUUGGGUAAUUUUCAUUAAGUAUAAAGUAGAUAUAUUUAAAUGGUUAUUGUUAAUACAUUUUUUUAAAUAGAAGUAAAUGGUAAGGUUCAAAGUCUUGAAGAAAUUGAAUCUAGAUUACGCAUGUCUAGUAGACAACAAAAUGGUUAUUCACCACCACACAGUAAUAUUCAAUUCCAUGAUGAAAUGAAAUUUAAAAAACUACCAAAUAUGAAGGCAAGUCACUACAAAUGUAGUGUAGAUGAAAAAUAAAAUUCUAAUUUAUUGUUAUUUUUUAAUAUAUUUAUAUAAUAUAUUACAUUUUUAAAAUUAAUUUAAUAAUUAUUUUAUUUUCAUAUUUAGAUGUCCCAACAUGAACAUGAAAACUCUAGUAAUGAUGGACACCUAAUGAACAGCUCUGAAAACUAUUCCAUAUUACAGGUAUUAUAUCUUCUUAUAACUUUUGAAACAGUUAUCAUUUAACAGUAAAUUAAAUAAAAAAUUGGAAGUCCAUAAUGGCUUAAUUUGAUUUUGUCUUUGUCUAAAGUUCCAUUUGGUGUAUCACAAUAGUCUCAACCUUAUUUUAUUUGUCAAUUCUGUUAGUUAAUAAUUAAAGCAAAAUGUUUUCUUUUUGUCGAUGAAAUAAAAAUAUAUAUGAAAUUGAUACUCCUAAUAGCUAUCAUAUACUCCAAGUUUAAUAUCUUCACUUUAUGGGUGUGUACUCCAUUCGCCAUAGACUACAACUUGCCAGUGCAUAAUGAUUUUAUCCUACCUUGAAGUUUGACAACCAUAUAUGUCUAAUAAUUAGCAGAGCUCUUAAAGUCCUUGGCUUUAUCAGACCGUAGCAUGAAGAUAUUCAGCUCCUAAGUCAAACUAUCUACUUUUUAUUUUGUGUUUAUUCGCUCAAUUCUUUAAUAUAAUGUAAUAGUUUGACAUCCUUUUCUUGCUAAGGACCAAUUAAUUCUUGGGCAGGUACAUAAUUGAUUUCUCUCUCAAUCAGCCUGUGUACUUAAAAUUGAGUGCAUUGACUAUGAUUACACAAAACGUUAAAUACUCUCACUUUCGUCACUUUAUUGCAUAGCUGACUUGUGAUUUCUUUCAUCUCAUUUUAAUGACUCCAUGACGCUCCUGAUCUCCUAUCAUUUACUAUCAUGUACCUACAUAUUUCUCCAGAAGUCUAAACAAUACCAUCCUUCCUUUCCUGUUUCAUCUCAUUCUAUUUGCUAUGAUCAUAAGAAUCAAAUUCAUAGAAUACUAAUUAAUGAUACCUGAUUUCUCAACAGUGUUAAUAUAAAAUAGUAUCAAACUUGGUACUUUUAUAUGAUUUAACUACUAUAUUAUAUGUAAUUACUCUGUCAUGAGUUAAUAUAUAAAAUUAAAUAAAUAUUACAGAUGUUAAAUAAUGCUCAUGGUCCACAAAACUAUAUAGCUAAUCAACAAGGACAAAAUCAUAAUAUUGGUAUGUAUUUUUACUUUGAAAGUGAUUCAAAUUAUAUGUUAAAUCAGUUAAAUACCCUAACAUUUUUUUUUUUUUUUUGCAAAAUAUGAGUUAUAUUUUUAUUGUUAUUAUAGGUCCGUAUGGUCAACAACAAACUUCAAAUGUUUCAAACAAUUACCGCCAUCAACCACCUAAUAUGCAGGUUCCUAAUGAUAUUGUUAUGAAAUUAAUGGAAGCACAACAGGUAUAUUAUUAUGUAGAUUUAUAUUUAUUUUAAAUUUGUGCUAAUAAUAAAAGUAUAAAAAAAUACUACGGUGAUCUAUUGAAAUACACGUUUACUUUGUUUAUUAUGAUGCAGAUUUGGUGUCAUUAAGGGUUAAAACGAAUUGUUUUAAAACUGUUGUGAUACCAGUGAAUAUGUAAUAAAUAUACGUAAUAAAAUACAAAUAAAAUUGUUAGAGUAAAUGUGUUAUGCGAGUAGAUUUUAUAAGGUAUAGAAAUUAAUAUAUAAAAGGUCGUAAAGAAGUAUAGCUUGAAGAAUUAAGAGUAUGUACAUGUUGAGGAAAGAAGAAAUGAUGGGAUAGUUAAAAAGGUAAGCUGGUUAAAUUUUGGAUGUGAAACCAAUGAAAAGAUGAACUAAGAAAAGUGACUAUAGAAAAUAAUGAUUUUAGUAUUGGACUACCAAUUUGAAAAACCAUACUUUAAUAAUAACUUAAACUGUUCAAAUUAAUUUUCAUAUGUGAUUUUUCAUUAGUAAUGUAUUAUUAUAAAUUAUUAUUUAUUUAUAAUAAUACAAUACAGGUAUGUGUAACCAAAAAUAAUCCCCUGUUAAUAUUCUUAGACAUCAUUUAUAUACUUCCAUAAUAAAAACAUUUUAAUAUAGAUACAAAAGCAACACGAAAAUAUGGUUGCAAAAGCUAUGGCUGUUCAACAACAACAAUCCAAACAACAGAAUCCUUACAAACUUCCCAUUGAAUUGCAAAAUAUGGUGAACUACUAUACGCCUACUAAAGAUAUAUUGCAAAGUCGUGAAGCACAAGAAAUGCUUAUGGGUAUGAAUAGCUAAAGGCUUCUUAAGUAUAAAAUUUAGGUUGCAGAAAUAGACCUGUUAUAUCUAUUUUUUUUUUUAAAAACAUCCUAUUGGUGCUUAAUAUAGUAUAUUAAUUUAUGAAGUUUUUUUUAAUUUCAGAAAACUUAAUAAUCAUACUAUAUUACAUUUAUAAAGUUGGUGUAUUCAAAUAUUCAUUUUAUAGAAAUAUAAAAGGUUUGGGUCCUACUCUAGAUAUAAGAUUCCUAGCCAACCCUUUUAUAAUUUAGUCUUAAUAUGACUACUGGGUCAAUGUAUUUUGUUUAAAUAUUAAAUUACUGUUACCAUAUCUCUUUAAUUUAGGAAUUAAACGUGGUGAAAUAUUGUUACAUCAUUUGGUAGAACAAUGGAAAAAAACUAGUCCAAACCAAUCUCGUUAUCGUGAAACUCUUAUUUGCCUCAUGAAAGUUUUAACACAUUCAAACAGUAUGUUUUAAAUAAACAUUUCAUUCAACUGUUUUUAUGAUCAUUUGGUUUUUAUUUUGAUUGGAAUUGUUUUCUGUAGAUGCCCAAAGAAUGAUCAAUCAACAGGACUUAGUAUAUCAACAACAAGCAGCAUUAUACCAAAGCCAAAUGUUAAAAAGACAAUUGCUCGAUCAAACUCAUAAAAGGAUGGAAAAUGUAAAAACAAAACAUUUUAAAAUUAUUUAAAAUACAUUUUUAAUUAUUUUUUGUUGUUAGGUUCAUAAUUCAUCAUAUGGCAGUGAAGGUCCAAUGGACUUGGGUUCAUCUCAGUCUCAGUCUCAGCCGAGAAUUGGCCUCACACCAACAUCGGUGUUGCGUAAAAUGACUUCAGCCUCAGAACCUUUGGUGGACAAACACCAUAUACCUGACGAAAGAGUCGGUAAGUAGACAUAAUAUUACUUGUAUGAUAGAUAUUAGAUUGUUUAUUAAAUCAAUUUAUUAAGUGUAAUGCAAAUUAUCUAUUUCUGUAGCUACUCAACAUGCUCUACAACAUCAAAUUAACACAUUGCAACAGCAAAUCCAACAACAACAGUUUAUGCAGCAACAACAGCAGCAGCAGCAGCAACAGCAACAGCAGCAGCAGCAGCAGCACCAGCAACAACAACAUCAACAACAGCUACAGCUACAACAGCAACAGCAGCAACAACAGCAGCAACAACAGCAGCAACAGCAACAACAUCAGCAGCAACUUCUGCAUAGACCUGUUAGUUCAACUAUUCAGCAAAUAUUGAGUGGUAAUUAUCCUAGGUACCAUGGAGCUCAACAACCACAACAACAACAACAGCAUCAUCAUCAUCAACAUCACCAACAACAACAGCCUAAUAUGAACGGGCGCAGUGAGUUUUAUCUCUGAUAAUUCUUAGUCAAUAUAAAUUUAAGUAUUUUUCUUGUAAUAAUCAAAUGUAUCUAAAUUUCAUAUGCAUUUUUUUAUUGCAUAUUGAAAUUCAAAAAAACAUUAAUUUGAUUAAUUUUAAAUUUAUAUAUAUUUAUUAGACCAUCAAUUGUUCAAUUAUGAUAAUUAUCAUUAAUACAUUGAUUAUUAUAAAGGUAUGAUCUAUGGUUCUGGUGAUAAGAAUCGUAUGAGUCGUGUACAGUCUCCUGUCAGUAACCAGCUUGCUCGUUGGUUUUCUCCAGAACUCUUGGCACAAGCUCGUGCUGGCCGUUUGCCAAACAUGCCAGCUAUGUCUCAGAAUAUUAACAUGCUCAGUGUUGAGGACAUAGAAAAAUUCCAGGUUGGUGGUCGCUCUUAAUGGUAAAAGAAAUGGUGCGACUGCUACAUUUGUGUAAAAAUUAAAAACAAAAAUUGUUAUACCUUAAAAAUAUAUAUGUAUAUGUAGGCCCCUUGUCCAAGUCUUAUUAAUUUCUUUCUUUUCCUUUUUUGAUUUAAAUAAUUGAGGUUCUCAGUUUAAUUUAAACUAUAUAUUAUAUUUCUACUGACCUCUAAAUAUUUCUUCUGUGAGCAAAUCAGAAACUUUUUUUUCUUUUCAUUUUGCAUGUUUAAACAAAAAGUUAACUAUAAUUUUUUUGAUUUUAAUCUAAUGAACAUGAAACAUUAUAAUUAUUUUAUAUUAAAUUUUAAUUUCUUUAAAAUGUUGAACCUCUGUGUACAAAUAUUCAUUAUUAUAUCUUAGAAAACUUGUAUAUAUUAAGUACAAAGAAAUAUUUUCUUUUGUACCAUUUGUCUGUGAUGUUAGAAGUUGUAUAUGAAAUUGUAAGUUUAAUAAUUCUUUGUAUUACUAGAGUUAAAAAAAACCUAUAUUUAAGAGCCAUUAAUGGCUGAUAUAAAUAAAGAAAUAAAAUCUUGUAAUUGUAUAUAUAUAUAUGUAUAUCAUAUUUUACAGAUAUAUAUAUAUAUAAUUUAUAGUUUUGACAAACUUAUUUUCAUUAUGUUUUCUAAUUGCCUGAUGAAUUCAGAAAUAUUUUCUUUUCGUCACACAUGUAAACAUAAUUUAUUUAUAAUAUAUGUAUAUAUAUUAUACACAAUAUGCAUAUUAUAUUAAACAAAAUGUUAUUAUUUUUGUAUUUUAAUUAAUUCAAUACAAUAACAUACACAUUUAAUUAACUAUACACAAUAUAAGAACAGAAAAUCAACAAUCUAAUUUUCAUUAAUAUAAGAAGUCAAUUUAGUAUUGGAUAUGUAGUAGUUAUACCUAAUACUUCAUAACAAUUGAUAAAUUUCCAACAAUUGUUUAACUUUAUUAUUUCAUUAAAAAAAAAAAAAACAAAUAGAUAAAAUAAAGUAGCAUUUGUAAGUGCAUAAAACAUAGUCCAACUCGUGGGGUAACCAUCAAUUCAUUUUAUAGUUAUAGCCUACACCUUAAAAUCAAAUCAUUCUUACAUUAUGUAUAAAGAUUUCUUUCUACUACUCAUUUGGCUAACUUAUUCAUAUACAUUUGGUAAAAUUAUAAUAGUACAAAAAUUAUAAAUUGCUGGGGGGUUCAUUCAAUGAACCACUAAAUCAAAUUAAGUUAAUUAUUCUAAAAAAUUCAAACAUCAAUAUAUAUAUAUAUAUACAUAUAUUGAUUUAACAAGUAUACUUCCACCUAUAAUAAGUUAUAGCUUAGUUCGAUGGUGCUGGCUGUAAAGUGAUGUUGACACGUUUUUGAUCGUCCACAAUUGCUUGUUUACAAGUAGUGCUAGACGAAAGGUUAGUAGUUCUCAUAGCGCCAAGCGCAAAACAUGGUUCACACACUCUUACAGGUUCAUAUAAUUGUUCAGCUGGUAAUGGAACCAAAUUUCUUGAACAAUCUGCGCAGAAUAUUUUUCCGCAGCUUCUAAUAAAAAAUAAAAAAAAUACAUAUUUAUUAUCAUUU